GGGGCCAGCACCGGGAUGGCAGCUCAGCGGCUGGGCAAGCGGGUGCUGAGCAAGCUGCAGUCUCCGUCGCGGGCUCGCGGGCCGGGGGGCAGCUCCGGGGGGUUGCAGAAACGGCACGCGCGUGUCACCGUCAAGUACGACCGGCGGGAGCUGCAGCGGCGGCUGGACGUGGAGAAGUGGAUCGACGGGCGCUUGGAGGAGCUGUACCGCGGCAGGGAGGCAGACAUGCCUGACGAGGUCAACAUCGAUGAAUUGUUAGAAUUAGAGAGUGAAGACGAGAGAAGCCAGAAAAUCCAGGGACUCCUGAAGUCGUGCAGGAACCCCACAGAGGACUUCAUCCAGGAGCUGCUGACGAAGCUGCGAGGCCUCCACAAGCAGCCAGGCCUCCGCCAGUCCAGCUCCUCCCAGGACGGCAGCCUGAGCCCCCUCCAGGACCGGGCCCGGACUGCGCCCCCCUGACCCUCACCCACCGCUGUGGCCCCUCCACUGUACCCAGCGCCGCCCCAGCUUGUUUAUAAGUUGUAUUUAAUGUAACAAUAACAUCGCCAGGCUGUUUUUCCUCUCCCUGAUUACCAUGGGCUUCCCUGAGCUCCCCCCACACACACAACCUCCCUCUCCCCCGCUGUGUCUCAUGUCCCGGCACCACAGCUGGCCCCACCAGAUGGAGAAUCACUCCUCCUCGGCCCGAGAGCAUGAGAACAGGCCCUGCUGACCUGGCGCCCUCAAGACUC